GCAAUGACUCACCUGCUUGCAGCAGCGUCAUUUAGGCCAACAGGUGCAGUCAUUUUAAAGCAGUCCUGAGACAGACUCUACACUCCAGAACUGUGCCUAGAACUUCUCUCACCCCGAUGACUGCAGAAGAUGAUGCUGUGAUGCUGAUAAACUGACCAGCUAUCUAUCAACCAUACCCUUACAUCAGCUGUCCAUCCAUCCACUGUCAAUACCCGCUUCACAUCAGCUGUCCACUCAGCCCUAUUUGCCCCCUUUGCUCCACUACACAUUAUACUCUCUCUCUCUCUCUCUCUCUCUCUCUCUCUCUCUAUCGGUUCUCCUCAUACACACCCUCUUAAACUCCCUCCGGUCUGGGGAUUUGAAGAUGCUCGAGCGAGGCGGGUUUGUAAUCAGAUGAAAGAAGAGAUUAUCCCGAGGCUCCAUCCUCCAUCCUUUUCUACUGCUGGAGAAGAAACAUUAGAGCGGAGUGGGAGGAGACUACAGGCCAGAAUGGGUGGGGUCUGAGGGACUGAGUGAGAGAAUAGGAGGGGAGGGGGUUCACCUGUGGAUGUGUGGACGUGUGUGUGUGCAUAUGUGUGUGUGGGUGUGUGUGAGUGUACGUGUGUGAGAGUGGAAGGAGACACCGCUGCCUGCCUGCCUGCCUGCCUGCCUACCCGCCUGUCUGCGUGCACACCCGUCCCCUUUCAAGGUCCUGCAUGCACAGCCGAUGCUGGGAUGACUGCAAGCCGACAUUAAAGAAAGAGAGAGAGAGAGAAGAAGAAAAGAAAAGAAUAAAGAGAGAGAGAAGGAGAGAGGGGGCAGGGAAAAGCUGGAGAGAAGAAGAUCAAGAAAAAGGAGAAAACAAGCCUCAUCGGAUUCUCUCAGCACAGGUUUUCGAUGGCGGAGAGUGGGUGGCCUGUGUCAGAACCAUCCGCACCAGAAGGUGCCAUCUCAUCUGAAGUACCCACCAAGAAUGACAGCAAUCUACCACUUCUAGAGACCUCCACUGAACUGGUAAAGGACCAGGUCCAGCCUGGUGAGCUCCACAACACUUCCAGUGAUGUAUCCUGCUCAGAAAGGGUGUUGGAGAAUGACAGCCAACUAAAAGCAAAGCCAAGAGUUCCAGUCACUCAUCGUGGAUCUGACCGCUUAUCUAUUCGCAAUGCAUCAUCACGUCCUCGCAGCAUUGCAGAGGUCCACAUAUCAGAGGGGGUAGAGCUACAGCUAGGAAAAAUCAUGAACCAUAGGAAUGAGCAAGUGCCACUUCUGGCAUUCAAGGAGAAUGCUUCUGCCUCACAUACAGACUUGAGAGAGCAGAGCCUGGCCCCGGAUAAGCUCUCUGUUCAGAGGAGCAACUCGGAUAGCCUGCAGACGCAGAACGAAUGCCCUGCUCCUCUUCUGCACUGUGAAACCGGUGGGUCGAACUGUCUGGGGAGGAAUCAAAAAGCACCUCUCCAGUCAUUUAUUUGUAAACAAGCCAUGCAACUGCAGCAGAGCAAUACGACCACCACCUUCUGCAGGGCAGGCAGCACCGGUUCAGGAAGCCCGACACAGCAGAGCUGUUGUAUUCAUAUUUGUAAUUCUGGCACUGCCCAGUUCACAGGAGAUCUUGGCAUGGACACGGCUGUCUGCUGUGGCUCAUACAACCAUGGAACUCUUGAGGACACUUUCGCUGCUUACUGCCAUCCCCAGCCCAUCCCAGCUCCUGCCCAGCUGCUGCCCCGGCAAAUUGGCAUGAAGGGAGACUGCAGGGGCCAGAUGGGUGGCCCAGCUUUGCUGGCUCUCCCUCCGCUUAUUUCUUCAGUUAGCGAGACAGGGCUGGACGCCAAGAGGCUGCUCCGCUGCUGUAACCUUGACUGCAAUUGGCCCAGUCCGUUGUGCCAGGCUGGGAGUCAGCAUCAACUCAAGGAAGAAGGCAGGAGCACCAGAGAGGCAGGGACCAUGACCUCCAGCAAGGAGCUGAGGGACGUCGGAGUCCAGGUAAGACUUCAGAUGGAUUCCGACAGGCCGCCCCAACAUGUUUUCCCAGAGGUUUGCCUGAUGGAUGAGAGGACGAAUGGAACAGACAAACCUUCGGCAUCCCAGAAGUCACCGGUGAAGGAGGUGAAGUGGGAUGCAGAAGGCAUGACAUGGGAGGUUUAUGGAGCUUCGGUGGACCCAGAGGAGCUGGGCCUGGCCAUCCAGAAGCACCUGGAGCUGCAGAUUAAGGAGACUGCAGUAAGAGCAGCAAAGCUUGCCCGACAGGACACAAACAUGUCCCAGAACAGCACAGGGAAGAGCCAGCGCAGGAGGAGGAGCUUAAUGGCAGCUCUGCGUCCUCCAGGCUGCUGUUCCCGCACCACUACUGCAGUGGACUGACUGCCAAAAGAACAUUAGUUUCCCUGUUUUUAAGCCUCAAAUAGACACACACUCACACACAGACACACACAGAGCAUACAAGGAUAUGGAUAAAGAUAAAAAAAAAAGCAAAAGCUUCAAUAAAUGAUUAACAGACUUCUCCUCUGACUAUCCCACCAGCCACCAAAAAUACUGUACAGACCUCAGAUCGCAUACAAAGAGUUAUCAAUGAAAAAGUGUAUGUUUUUUUUAAUAGCUAUCAAAUCUGUUCUAGAAUAGAGCAGCAGGUGAUCUCUGGAGACAGAACACGUGCCUAAUAGUCUUCCUUUUGAUUCCAGCACCUCACAUAUUGCAUUUAAAAAUUAUAAGUAGAUUUUAAGGGCUAUAUGCGUAGUAUGUGAUAUAUUGUGACUGUCACGCAAGAAUCUAUCUUGUCUUAUCUCAAUUUUUGCUGGGGUUUAUUACAGCAAAAUGUAAUAUAAUAAUAUCAUUCUGUCAACAAUUCAAGAUGAAAGGACCAAUAGAAAUGCUCCAAGGGACUUUGACACUGACUUCCAGUAAAAGCUGAAAUCUAAGUAGAAAUUUUCUUCUCCUGCAAAGCUGCCUUUUCGAAGGUACAACUUUUUGUGUGACGGUAAAUAUGUAUAUAAAUAGAUAUAAAUAACAGUAGAUAUAUGCUUCUAUUGUUUACAUUUAUUAGUUAUGGCAAUACCAAACCCACAUUAUGCUCAUUCCAGACCCCUGAAGUCUGUGGUCUUUUGCAAAUAUGUACCAGAUCAAUUUCUCUUUGUAAACAAGUGCUCUUGCUCACCCAGCCACAUCAUUUGCUCAGACCUCAGUUUAGUGGUUCAGUCAAUAAAUUACAAGCGUGACCCAAAGUAUUUAAGCCAAGCAACUCAGCAGAGGCAGAUGGAUUUGUGUUAUGAACUGUCUGCAAAUGGUAUGAUUCUUACUUUUUUUUGACACAUUAAUCAUACUGGCCCAAAACUGUAGAACAACAUGUGAAAAACAUAACCUUCCUGGUAAUGUCAAAAUAGUACUGUUGUGUUAAAUAGAAAACACAUACUAUAAUUAAACCCUAUGACAUUUUCAUGUCAGUCUUACCUUUUUUGAUUGUUCACUUUUAGUUUAUUUUUAUAAAUAUACUUUUAGUCCAUGUACAUACUUCAUGGCUGUAGUUGCACUGUGAUUGGAGGCAGUAUGGUGGCGUAAAGGACUGUUGCACCAUCUGUUGGAGUAAAUGUAUCAUUACAUCUCUACAUUUAAUGCUAUGAUGAUGGUUCCUCGGUGUAGACAAUGAUGUUGCAAUUACCUAUUUAUUGUGAAGCAGUAAAAUGAAUUUAGUUUUUAAACUUACAGAGGAUUUUAGGCCUUAUUCAAUUUCCCUUUAAACUGGAGAAUAUACAAUAAAGCAUCACCCAAUAUAAGUAAAUCCUGGGUAAAUUAAUAAUAAACGGGAAAGAAAGACCAAACUAAUACAGCCCAUUGAGUUUGAAUAUAACCUGUUUGUAACAUCUUUGAACAAGAUUGUGUUUUUAAUGGUGACAUACAAGUUUAUAAAAGUCAGCAUGCUUCUUCUAAUCAAAUAUUCUGUAUAAAGAAUUUGUUAUUUUGACAUGUAGAACUAUUUAGCUCAGCAAUAAGAUCCCUUUGAGCAUGUUUGUGUUUGUGAAAGAGAGAGAGUGCCAGAUCACAGCGAGACACUGUAAUAUUGUUAGAAUGCUCUCUAGAAACAUUCCAGUUGUUUUAAAUGUCCCCUUUCGGGAAGCACAAAUGUAGGCCUGGUAAUCCACAUGACCUGACAUUGUAAUUGUAAUUGUAAAAUGUGUAUUAUUUAUUUUCAAGAGCCAGAUAAAUAAAUGAGAAUUAUUAUUUGACUAA